AUGUCCAUUUCUGGGACUUUGAGCAACUAUUACGUGGACUCCAUCAUAAGUCACGACAGCGAUGAACUCUCCAGCCCGGCUCGCUUCCCCGGCGUGCAGUACUCCGGCUCGAGCUCCGCCGCGGCGGCGGCGGCGGCUGCGGGAGGGAGGCAGCCCGGCGGCGCGGCGCACUCGGAGCAUCCCCAUCCCGACUCGUAUCCGUCGUGCAGCUUCCAGCCGAAGCCCCCGGUCUUCUCGUCGUCAUGGAGCCCGUUCAGUCCGCACCACGGCGCCAGCGGCCUGUCCGCCGUCUACCACCCGUACAUCCCGGCCCAGCACGUGCCCGCCGCGGACACACGGUACCUGCGCUCGUGGCUGGACUGCGCGCCGCGCAGCUCCGAGUCCGUACCGGGGCAGGGCCAGACGGGGCAGGUCAAGCUGGAGCCUCAGCUCGGCCACCUCGGCGGGGAGAUCGUGCCCAAAAUCGGCGGACUGCUCCAGCACGAGACCACCACGUACAUCCUGGAGUCGGCGUCCACAGCGGCACGCGAGCUGAGCCACCCGGCCGCCAUCCCUAGAGCGGGGUUCGACGACAAUAAGGACAUUUGCGAAGGGAGCGAGGACAAAGACGGCCUGGAUCAAAGUGAUCCGUCGGCCAACUGGCUGCACGCGCGCUCCUCCAGGAAGAAGCGGUGCCCGUACACCAAAUACCAGACGCUCGAGCUGGAGAAGGAGUUCCUGUUCAACAUGUACCUCACACGGGACCGGCGGCAUGAGGUGGCGCGCGCGCUCAACCUGACGGAGCGGCAGGUGAAGAUCUGGUUCCAGAACCGGAGAAUGAAGAUGAAGAAACAGAGCAAGGACCAACCCAAGGACUAG